CAUUUGAGCCACCCAUGAUGGAAGGAAACAGAGAGACAAAUCAGACUGAGACACUUCUGAAGAGAAUACAAGAAUUGGAGAGAGAGGUACAGAGGCUUCAAAAGGAACAGGCGGACAAGAAGAGUCCAAACACCAAAGGAGAAAGUUCCACCGAAGUUGGGAAACCAAAGAAACGGCAACAGCGUGCUUUUGACUUCAGUGCAUAUGGCCAAAGACAUGUAGCUCUAAAGAUAGCUUAUUUGGGUUGGGGAUACCAGGGUUUUGCCAGUCAAGAAAACACAAACAACACCAUUGAAGAAAAACUAUUUGAGGCAUUAACCAAGACUCGGUUAAUAGAAAGCAGACAGACAUCUAACUAUCAUCGAUGUGGGCGAACAGACAAAGGAGUUAGUGCUUUUGGACAGGUGAUUUCUCUUACCCUUCGCUCCCAACUUCCAAAGGGCAAAGAGCCAGAAGAUAAAAGCUUGAAAGAUACAGACUCCGUUGAAGAGAUUCGCUAUACACAUAUUCUUAAUAGAGUGCUCCCUCCAGAUAUUCGAGUGCUGGCUUGGGCCCCUAUAGAACCCAGCUUUAGUGCUCGGUUUAGUUGCCUUGAACGGACUUAUCGCUACUAUUUCCCCUGUGCUAAUCUAGAUAUUGAAGCCAUGAAUGACGCAGCCCAGAAAUAUGUUGGUACUCAUGAUUUCAGGAACUUGUGUAAAAUGGAUGUGGCCAAUGGUGUGAUAAAUUUCCAGAGAACUAUCCUUUCUGCUAAAGUACAGCUUGUGGCCUUUGGGGGCCCAGAAGAGAAACUUCAGCAGCAGGAACCAUUCCAGUUGUGCCAAUUUGAAGUGAUUGGUCAGGCAUUUCUUUACCAUCAAGUACGAUGUAUGAUGGCCAUUCUCUUCCUGAUUGGCCAGAGAAUGGAGAAAGCAGAAAUCAUUGAUGAAUUGCUGAAUAUAGACAAAAAUCCCCAGAAACCACAGUACAGCAUGGCAGUGGAAUUUCCUUUAGUUCUAUAUGAUUGUAAAUUUGAGAACAUCAAAUGGAUCUAUGACCGGGAGGUUCAGGAGUUCAAUGUAACACACUUGCAGCAACUGUGGGCUAGUUAUGCAGUUAAAACUCACAUGUUAUACAGCAUGCUACAGGGACUGGACUCUGCAGCUAUAUCUCCUGGGUCAGGAUCAAAGAGAAAUGAAGUGGUCCAGUGGAGAGAUGUCAAACCUUGCGUCCAGAAGCAGAUUAGUGCCUUUGUUGAGGGAGUGAAAACACGAACCUAUAAGCCAUUAUUGGAUCGUCCUAGAUGUGAAGGCUUAGAAUCCCGGAUCCAGCACUUUGUUAGAAGGGGAAGAAUUAAGCAGCCACAGGUAUGCCAUGAGGAGAAAAGAAAAAACAAAAGGGACCAUGGUGAUGCUGUGGAGGAGGAAAGCAACACCUCUGAAAAUCUGACAAAGAAGGUCUGUGUUAAUAGGAAUUAAAAGUACCACCUAAUCUUAUGAAAAGUCAAUGGAACAUGGAGGAGCAAGUCGGUUUAGAGCAAAGAAAGUCCAAAAUCAGUGUUUAAUGAGCUACAGAACACAAACUCCUUUUUAAAGUAAGAGUUUGUCAAAUAAUUUUAUCUGCAGGUUUUUCAUAAGGCUUCAGAUUAAAAACAAUAUCCAAACUGUAUAAUUUUAAGCUGAAGUCACCUGUGUUCCACAUAUGAAUGCGUGGUUGAAGAAAGUACAACUUGGACAAAUGGGAACUGGGUUGGGGUAGGAAUAUAAAUGUAAAUAUUUGCCACAGCUAGAGACUUGUGCCUUUGUUUUCAAAUUCAUUAAAGAAACAAUGGGGGGGGGAAUUGUUCUAAAUUGAUCCUACUGUCUGUUUUUUGUUAAUUAUUUGAGCUUUAUAAGAGUUUCCCUUGAAUGGAAUGAAAAGAGCACAAAGGGAAAAAUAAGUUUAAAAAGACUGGUAGGAACCAGAUUGUGGAAAUUAUUAAAUGCCAAGCUGUGGCAUUUAAUGUAUUUUAAACGUAAUGGAAAUCCACUAAUGGUUUAUAAGCAGGGUAAUGACAUGGUGAUUCUGUGACUGUAAUCAUUACUACUGUGUAGAAAAUAGAUUGGAGAGAGGCCUGGCUGGAAGAAGCUUAAUAUUUACUGUAAGAGGUGGUAAGGGUCUAAAUUAGGUUGGGAACUUUGUUAAGUGGAGAGAAAGAGAUGGAUGGUGGAGGGUUUGGCAUCUUAUUGACUACAGAAGAAGGGUGUUGAGAAAGGAAAUCGACUCAGAUUAUGAACCUAGGAGAAAAAGCUUGAAGGAGGUGAAUUUCAUCGGGAAUAGAGAUGAUGAAUAAAACAAUCUUA